CCAGGGCCCGCCAGGACCCCGGCCAGAGCCCCCCUCCCGCGGCCCGGUGACCCGGGAGCCCGGACCCAGCGCGCCAACGCCGCCGGAGGCGGGAGGCUCCUGGCUGCGGCAGAUGUGCUCGGGGGUCACCGCGCAGCUGGGACUAUGGUGAAAUUUCCAGCGCUCACUCACUACUGGCCCCUCAUCCGCUUCCUGGUCCCCUUGGGCAUCACCAACAUAGCCAUCGAUUUCGGGGAGCAGGCCUUGAACAGGGGUAUUGCCGCAGUAAAGGAAGAUGCUGUUGAAAUGCUGGCCAGCUAUGGGCUGGCCUACUCCCUGAUGAAAUUCUUCACGGGACCCAUGAGCGAUUUCAAGAACGUGGGGCUGGUAUUUGUGAACAGCAAACGAGACAGGACUAAAGCUGUCCUGUGCAUGGUAGUGGCUGGUGCCAUUGCUGCUAUCUUCCACACACUGAUAGCUUAUAGCGAUUUGGGCUACUAUAUUAUUAACAAACUGCACCAUGUGGAUGAGUCGGUGGGAAGUAAAACCCGAAGGGCCUUCCUUUAUCUCGCUGCCUUCCCUUUUAUGGAUGCCAUGGCGUGGACACAUGCUGGCAUUUUGUUGAAACACAAAUACAGCUUUCUGGUGGGAUGUGCCUCUAUUUCCGAUGUCAUAGCUCAGGUUGUUUUUGUAGCCAUUUUGCUUCAUAGUCACCUGGAAUGCAGAGAGCCUCUUCUUAUCCCAAUCCUUUCCUUGUACAUGGGAGCCCUCGUCCGCUGCACCACUCUAUGCUUGGGUUACUACAGGAAUAUUCACGAUAUCAUUCCAGACAGAAGUGGACCUGAACUUGGGGGUGAUGCUACAAUAAGGAAGAUGCUGGGCUUCUGGUGGCCUCUAGCAUUGAUUUUGGCAACUCAGAGAAUCAGCAGGCCCAUCGUCAACCUCUUUGUUUCCCGUGACCUGGGUGGCAGUUCUGCAGCUACAGAGGCAGUGGCAAUUUUGACAGCCACCUACCCGGUGGGACACAUGCCGUAUGGCUGGUUGACGGAAAUCAGAGCUGUCUAUCCUGCAUUUGACAAGAAUAACCCCAGCAAUAAGCUGGUGAGCACAACGAAUACUGUAACUGCGGCACAUAUCAAGAAAUUUACUUUUGUCUGCAUGGCAUUAUCCCUAACGCUCUGUUUUGUAAUGUUCUGGACACCCAACGUUUCGGAGAAAAUUUUAAUUGACAUCAUUGGAGUGGACUUCGCCUUUGCAGAACUCUGUGUCGUUCCUUUGCGCAUCUUCUCCUUCUUCCCAGUCCCAGUCACAGUGAGAGCACACUUGACAGGGUGGCUGAUGACCCUGAAGAAGACAUUCGUGCUAGCCCCCAGCUCCGUGCUGCGCAUCAUCGUGCUCAUCACCAGCCUCGUCGUGCUGCCUUAUAUGGGGGUUCAUGGAGCUACGUUAGGAGUAGGAUCCCUCCUAGCAGGCUUUGUGGGAGAAUCUACCAUGGUCGCGAUAGCCGCCUGCUACGUCUAUCGGAAACAGAAAAAGAAGAAUGAGAACGAGUCAGCCACCGAAGGUGAGGACUCAGCCAUGACUGACAUGCCAGCGACAGAGGAAGUCACAGACAUCGGAGAAAUGAGAGAAGAGAAUGAAUAGUGAUCCAGGAGGUUCUCGUUCUCCCCCAGGGACAGUCGGAAUGACACUUUGGCAUCUUUUCUUCUCUCAUCUUUUUUUUGGGGUUGUUUUUUUUUUUGUUUUUUUUUUUUAAUGAAGAGGCCUUGAUUGAAAAGGUUUCAGAUAAAUUUUCUAGCAUACUGGGUAUGCUCACAUUGAUGAGAGACCUAAAGAAAGGUCUUUUGCUUUUGCUUCUUUUUCUUUUUUAAAUUGAAUUUGUCAUCUUGCUCCACAAAACACAACCGAUGGCUGCCGCCCAGGAGAGGCUGUCUCCAUUAUUUAAGCCUGCCACCUUCCCCUGGACAAUCUGCACCUGUCUGUCUGUCUCUGUGCCAUUGGCUCUGCUGCCGUUCUUUACUCUGCAAAGUCACCCUCUCGGCCUUCCUUCUUAGGGCUGAAAGACCGAAAAUGCAGCCGCAUAAAACCUAGCUUUCUUUUUCUUGCGCAAAAUAACAGCUGUGUGAACAGACAUAACCCUGGUGGUCAAUUGUUUUUCUUCACUUAUGGAGUUAUAACCUGGAUGUUCUUAAAAUACGCAAAGAUCUUAGCAGUCCAAACAGAGGAAGAGGACUGUCAAUGGGCAGCACUGAAACACGGAGUUUAUUUCCCUUGGAGUGAGGUUGGUGAACUCGACCAAUGUCAUAUGAUUCAAUUAUUUUUGCAUUUUACUUCGUAAAAUUUGAGGACAGUGUAACAGCCCAGUGUAGAUCUUGUUUUAGAGUUGUCAUCACAUGACACUAUCAGCUUUCAAAGUCCUCACUGUGCAUGCCGUUUCCUGCAGAACGAUGUCUUCUUAUCUGAAAAUGACACUAGCUAACAGAUUGGAGUGGUCUGACAUUCUGUCUCUUAAGAACUAAAACUUUACCAAAGUUCUAAUCCAGCGUUCUCAUUCCAGAUCGGUGUAUGACUACUUGUUAAAGUAUAGUUACGGUAUAAAGAGUUCUGCCUUUCUUCUAAUGCUACAGUACAUCCCUAGAGUAUCACACUAUAAAACCAGACACUUUAUACAAUACAUCCAAAUCACUUUUAAAUCUUCCCUGAAAUUAGGCAUUUGAAAUAUAUUUUUCUAAGUUUGGGCAGUGAUUUUUUUUCUAUAUUAA